GGAGCGACUAUGCCAACUACUGAGCAGCCUUUCCGUUUGAACUGGGCUAGUUUUAGCACCGGUGAGAAGCGGUUGGAGAACAAUGGACCUGAUCUCUCUAUCUUCGUGGGGGAUUUGGCUCCGGAUGUGUCUGAUACUUUGCUGCACGAGACGUUCUCUGAGAAGUACCCGUCGGUUAAAGCUGCUAAAGUUGUCUUUGAUGCUACUACUAGAAGAUCGAAAGGCUACGGCUUUGUGAGGUUUGGUGAUGAUAAUGAAAGGACCAAAGCCAUGACUGAGAUGAAUGGUGUUAAGUGUUCUAGUAGAGCUAUGCGUAUCGGUCCUGCUACCCCGAGG